GCGAGGGUGGCGGCGGCAAUCAUGGCUGGGGAGGAAGGAGGAGAGCCCCGCGCGGGGCCAGAGGCAGGUCCGAAUCUCUCUACUCCCCUUACUCAUCUGAUCCGCACAACAGCCCUGUGAGGGCGCUUCGGUUGACAGUGGCUGAAGCGAGGUCAUCCAUGACUGAAUGGGGAUUUGAACUCGGGUCUCCCAGACUGCUUGCCGUUUUAUGUGCAUUUCUUUACUCAGGAAACGGAACUCCUGUCUGGAAAAAGGAUCUAACAUUACCCACGAGCGAGAGGUGCCUCUGGGAGCCACGCUGCCAGAGCUGAAGGGCUGUUUCCACUUGGCCAAGCGGCUGCCUUUGACCAAUGGUUGUUGCAUCAAGGCCGACUUCCGGGCCUCAAGAUGGCGGGUCAAACUCUGGAGGAUGCUGCUGUUGUCGUCUCUCCUCUUCUCAAGGAGAAGCCCAAAAGCAAAGGCCUCUUCCCACUGGGAUCCCUUUUCCACCACCGGACCGAAAAGUUUGUCAUCUCCAGGAGCGACAGCGUGCCGGACGAGAACGUUUUGAAAAUCACCAUCACCGAGACCACCGUCAUCGAGUCGGACUUGGGCAUCUGGAACUCCCAUGCCCUCAUCUACCUCAGCCUGUGGUUCUUCUUCAGCUUUUGCACUCUUUUUCUUAAUAAAUACAUUCUUUCGCUUCUGGAGGGUGAACCGAGCAUGCUAGGUGCUGUCCAAAUGCUCUCCACCACCUUCAUCGGCUGCGUGAAGAUGUUUGUCCCCUGCUGCUUGUACCAGCACAAAACGCGUCUUGCGUACCCGCCCAACUUUAUCAUGAUCAUGCUCUUUGUGGGGCUCAUGAGGUUUGCAACGGUGGUUUUAGGCCUAGUCAGCCUGAAGAACGUCGCCGUUUCUUUUGCCGAGACGGUGAAAAGCUCUGCACCCAUUUUUACUGUUAUUAUGUCCCGCAUGAUUUUAGGAGAAUACACUGGAUUGCUCGUGAAUCUCUCUCUCAUUCCCGUCAUGGGAGGACUUGCUCUGUGUACAGCCACAGAGCUGAGCUUCAACAUCCUUGGAUUCUCCGCAGCUUUGUCCACAAAUAUUAUGGACUGCUUGCAAAAUGUUUUCUCCAAAAAACUACUAAGUGGAGACAAGUACCGAUUCUCAGCACCAGAACUUCAGUUCUACACCAGCGCAGCGGCAGUGAUCAUGCUCAUUCCAGCGUGGAUAUUUUUUAUGGAUGUGCCAGUCAUUGGGAAAAGUGGAAGGAGCUUCCACUACAAUCAAGAUGUCGUUGGGCUGCUCUUAAUAGAUGGAGUCUUGUUUCAUCUUCAGAGUGUUACAGCUUAUGCCUUGAUGGGCAAAAUUUCUCCAGUGACUUUCAGUGUCGCCAGUACAGUGAAGCACGCGUUGUCUAUUUGGUUAAGUAUUAUCGUGUUCGGUAACAAGAUCACCAGCCUCUCAGCCAUUGGGACAGUUCUGGUGACGGUUGGGGUCCUGCUGUAUAACAAAGCAAAACAACACCAGCAAGAAACCAUCCAGGGCCUGGUGACGGCAUCAACUCUUCAGCCACCCCAGGGCAAAAAUGAAGACACUGAGCCUUUGAUCCCGAAGGAGUUAAAGCCAUAACAAUGAGAUGGCCCUUGAUCCAUUGCAGUAAAACUCUGUUUUUGGAAGACCACUAUCCCAGGGAUUGGAUGUGCCUGGGGCCUGUCGUACUUGCAGUCCAGAGGUAGGGUGAGGUGAGGUUGCAUGAUGAUCAAGCCAGGAGUCGUACAAGAAACAGAUUCAGAGCAAAAGAAAUGUUGACAAGCGAGCUUGACUUUUGCCUUUCUGACUGCAAAAUGCAAAAAGGUAAAAGGUCUCUGGGUCCAAACCCUCCAUCAGAGCAACGUGAAAUGUGGCAGCCUUUUUCUGGCACAAUGCACGCACAUGGCAAGACGUGGAAGCAGUCCGACUUUCUUCAUUGUGUACGUGAGCCAAAGUGACAGUGUGUUGGAAGGUCUACGGCAAUGGUUGCUUUUGACUUGUGUGCUGGCUGGCAUCAACCGUUACGGAGGGUCUAAAAUUCCAAGACACUGUCCAAGCAUCUUCUGGAGUUGAACCAGCAAGGGGGAUUCAGUUGGGGUGCAGGAUAAUGCACUAACCACUAGCUCAUUAUGGGUCACAUCUGUACCCCCCAAACCCACUUCCCAUACCCAUUUUGAUGGACCCAAACUUCACUUUGAUGGAACUGAUACCACUAAUUCUCUCAGCAAGACCCACCGGAGAUAUUUAGCCGUCGAUGAAGUGACAUCAGCAAUUUUGAUAGCAAAUUCCCCCUUCCCCAUCUCCUGGUUAAUCUGAGAGUCAGAACACAUGAGACAAAAUACCUAGAUUCAACUUGUGUUCUCUUACCUAAAGGUUUGCAGGGAAGUGUAGGCGUCCUUGCAGCUUAAAGUUUUGCAUUUACAGUGCAGGCGUCCUUGCAGCUUAAAGUUUCGCAUUUACAGUGCAGGCGUCCUUGCAGCUUAAAGUUUAGCAUUUACAGUGCAGGCAUCCUUGCAGCUUAAAGUUUAGCAUUUACAGAGCAGUGAGGAGGGAAGUGCAGGCGUGGGGCGCCUUUCCUCCCACUCUCAAGGUGCAUCACAGCAUUUUCCCUUCCCCUCACCCGGCCUGGCCCUGCAGAGCGAUGCCUGGCUGCACCGGGAGACUUUGAGCUGCAAGGACCCCCGCACAUCCCUCUCUGCUGCUCUGUAAAUGCUAAACUUUAAGCUGCAAGGACGCCUACACUUCCCGACAAACCUUUAGGUAAGAGAACAUGAGUUGAACCUAGGUAUUUCAUCUCAUGUGUUUCGACUGUUAGUGUCCUCUUGAAUUCAGGUUUAUAAUGUAAUUUUUAGAGCAGGGAUAGACAGUAAGGUCCAUCUGGAUGGGAGGGUGAACAACUUGAAUUUUUUAAAAAUACAGAUCUAAUAUGUAGGCAUGCAAUAAAUAACGGACUGUUGGAAAGCGGGAUUAUGACAUGGUUGCUGCAGGGUCUUUUCUUUGCUGAAGUGUUUCCUGUUUUGACAUAAGGAAUGAAGGCAUUCUUCGGGGAGAAGAUAAUGCAAAGAGGAUGGAAUGGCACAGUUUUUUAAAAAAAAUAUGACUGAGAUGUUCUUGCUACAUCUUUGGUUUUCAGGUUAGCAUGGAAGAUUUUAGAAAGCAUGGGAGAGAAUUGGUACGAUCUGGUGGUGGGCCAAGGCCGCUCUCCUUGCAAGUCCCUUAUGUACAGGCCUAAUGCCCCUGACAAAUGGUUAAGCAGCUUGGGGCCCAGCUGAAAAUGUCCCUUUGGCAGGAAGUAGUAUUUGAGCUGUAAUUUGCUCACCUUUGAGCUGUUGGGUUUUUAGGUGCUUUCAGGAGCACAGUGAACCUUUUCUGGUUCUCCUUUGGGCAGUGGCACAGACGGGACUUAAGUGGAUGAAGGUGUGUUUAGCCGAUAUAUUGAGAUGGGGAUGGUGGGAUUUGAUGACUGCUCAGACCAUUCUGGGCCUCAGAUUCUGUAGGGCGCUUCAGAUCUUUUCUUUCUUUUCCUUCCUUCCUUCCUUCCUUCCUUCCUUCCUUCCUUCCUUCCUUUCUUUCUCUGUCUCUGGCAUUCCAUGGAUAUCUGCCUGAUUUCCCUCUUCAUGAGGACUAGGAGGUAAGGCUUGUGUGUGCUCAGAUCCGAAAGUAAAAAAAAAAUCAAAAUUCUGUACUGAGAAAAGCACAGGUAAUCUGCAUGAUUGUGAAUAACUGACUUGGCAGUUUCUGCUAUUUUUCCUUUUGCUUAUAAUUAUGAAGAAUAGCCAAGCCCUUUGCCAGACAGGGUAGCUCUUCUGACUGAUUUCAACAUACCUUAUGCAGCAAUCCUCUCGGGCUCCUAAGAGUUUCCCAGGCUUUCAAACACACAUGUCCAGCCAUGAGGACUAGAACCUUAUUUUGUUGGUUUGUUUCAAGAUAAAAGCUGACAUUCUCUAGAAACUGGAUUCCACAGCCCAGCCCAGAUAUCUGCGUUUUUCCUGCAGAAUCAUAAUGUACAUCCAACCUAGACUGUAUGUCAUUUUUGUUUUUGUUGCUUAUUUGGAACAAUAUGCCGUUGCACAUUCCUGCCAUUUUGAAUCCAUCCACUUGUAUAACCUCAUGUUUAGAGAAAAGUGCUUCUCUGCUUGAACUACUGCUUGCCAGAGUAGACAAAACUGAGCUGGACAGGCCUCGGUGUGGCUUCAUGGAUUUUAGCAAUCCCUUCUUGCAUUACAUAGCAAAGCACAACACCCCCCCUCCAAUAAAAUGUAUAUAUUGAUGACCUAACACAUAUUUCAAGGUUGUAAUAUUGUUUAUGACAGAAUGCCUGUUCUGUGUCAGAAUGGUUCUUCUAAGAUGGCAUUGAGGGGAGACUGCCUGAACUAAAGGGGGGCACCAUUAUUGAUUAAAAGGUUUUAUAUCAGUUAAUUUAACCAACAGAUUGAUUAAAAGUUGCCACCAUAACAAUCACAGAGUCAUUGCACGGCCUCUGCUGUACUAACACCGCACAGGCUUUGAUUGGCUGUAUUGAUUGAUAUUGAUACAAGAUUUAACUGGCCUUGUCCAAAGGAUUGCCUCUUCCAAGGUGACCUGCUGCAGUCUUGGGAAAUCCACUGGAAUGUUCUCCAAAAGAUGUUUGCCAAGGUGGAAAGCAAUAGAGCAUAUAUCCUCGGUUGACAAAGGAGACUUGCUCCCAAGGAACCUUGGCAGCUAUCGUUCUGAGAGGCAGUCUAAGGGACUUCUCAGUAUCGUCCGUUACCAUUAGAAUUUGGGGGGGGGCAGUGACCAUGGUAAUUGAAACUGUAAAUGACUACUAAAUCUGUGCUGUAGGCAUGUCCUUGUCAGUUUUUAAAGGUCUCAAACUUGCAACUGCCGCAGUGUUCCUGUGCAGGAAGAGUUUGUCAUGUUCGGACACCCGCCUGCCUGUUCCUCUGUAAUGGUAAGCCUUUUUCUGAGGACACUUGAAGACAUGCAAACAUGUUUGCCAGUGCUUCUAUGACGAGGCCAAACCAUAAACGUAUUGGAUGCCAAUUUGAGACUGAGAACAAUCAUACCGUUAUGCCAUGCUCGGGUAUCUGCUAUUCCAGUAUUGACCAAACCUCAAAUGUCUGUGAACGUCUGAAAUUUCCAUUUUUAUUAGACUGGCUCGAUCCCACUGUGACAUCUGUUACAAUCUCCAGUCAACUGGUCCUGUGGAUAAUGUAUUGCUCCCUGUGUGAGAUGCAAACGUAUCAGCUACAGAAUGUACUCAAUGCAAUUGAUUUUUUAUGGGGAGGGGGGAAUCUAUUGUGUAAUCCUCUAACUGUAAAAAUACGUUUUUUGUGUACUGUAUCUUUCGAGGAUCCUGUUUUGUUAAGAACAAAUAAACCCGGUUGACUGUGUAUAUACA